CAGACUUCAGAUUGAUUUGCUACUCUGUACAGCGAAUACAAGAGACGAAAGCAUCCGUUCGUGCUCAACAUUAACGCACUGCGUUGAUCGUGUGAUCUAGGCAUUGGGGGAAUCUAGACAUCUUGAACCUAGCAAGUGAAUCACCGUUGCAACGAAAGGACAAUGGCUCUAUCCCGAUACGUGCCUAUUGGAUUUGAUGACGAUCUUUGGCCAACGUUGGCCACCGAUUUGGAGCGGAUGAACCAACAAAUGCGCCGAAUGAACAACCAGUACAGCAGUUUGGUUCCAAAUCAGCAGCCAAUGGACAUCGGCUGGAAUGAGGCGUUCAGAAUGGACAACCCCAUUGUCACUGACAAAGACGGCAACAAGAAAUUCCACCUCGAGUUCGACCUGCGUCAGUUCAAACCUGAAGAAAUCAACCUGUCCACUGCCAACAACGUGCUGACCGUUGAGGCGAAGCACGAAGAAAAAAGCGACGGUAGAUUGUCGUAUCGGGAAUACCGACGUCAGUACACCAUCCCAGAAGGCGUCAACGUGGAAACGCUCAAGUCCAAGCUGGCCCAUAAUGGCGUCCUAUCCAUAGAAGCUCCUGUACAGAAGAAACAAGACAUGGCCAUUCCCAUCAAACACAAGUAAAUGUUCAUCGCUAUGUAUGUCCAAGGGCGAUCAUCUAACCGCUGGCAGUGCCACGAUGAGACAGGGAGACGUCAAACCCGGUAACGCUCACAGACGUUUGUUAAUGGAAUAAGACUGUUUUCAUACUUGUAUGACCAUGUUAAAAAGCACUUUAUUUUACAAGAAAGUUUGAAGUUUGAGCAGUACUGGAGCAAAGCCUGAUCAGUAUUAGCACUUUUUUGUUCUUAACUUUUUUUGUUGCAUUACACAUUUCUAUGUGUUUGAACUGGGGUCAUGAAUAAUUUGUUAUUGUGUACCAUUUGUAUGGAGACCUGUGUUAAAAUAAAUGUCUGUAUCAUCA